CCCCAGGCCCCCCAGGUGCCACCUGCUAAUGGGGACAGUGGAGACAGUGACACCAGGGCUGGUAAUGGUGACACCAGGGACAGUAACGGUGACGCCGGGACCGGUAACGGUGACCCCAGGAGCCGUCUGCGGUGGCACUGGGCCCUGGCCCAGAGGGGUGAUUGGCCCAGGCAACAGCGUGACGGUGACAAGGACCCUCCCUGGAGCACUGGGGUGGGAUCAGGGUUGUGUCCCCCACCCUGGGUGACAUCCCCUGUGGGUGACACCCCCCUGGGUGACGUCCCCUUCCAUGUAUGUGUCCCCCCGUCCCCCCCGCAGUCGCUGGACCUGCACAAACCCAUCGACAAACGCAUUUACAAGGGGACGCAGCCGACCUGUCACGACUUCAACCAGUUCACCGCCGCCGCCGACACCAUCGCCCUCCUGGUGGGCUUCUCGGCCGGGCAGGUCCAGUAUCUCGACCUCGUUAAGAAAGACACCAGCAAGCUCUUUAACGAGGAGGUGAGCCCCGCCCGCGCUGGGGGGGACAACGGGGGACCCGGCUCCGGAGCCACCGCCACGCCACCGCUCGGGCACGGGGAGAUGGGCCAAGGUUUCCCCCACCACCACCAAGAGAUGGUGGCGGUCGUUAGGGGUUGGCUUCCGACACCCCUGGCCUGCGUCAGCCAGGACGGUUGCCUCCGCGUCUUCCAUUUCGACUCCAUGCUGCUGCAGGGGAUGAUGAAGAGUUAUUUCGGGGGUUUGCUCUGCGUCUGUUGGAGCCCCGACGGGCGUUACGUGGUGACGGGGGGCGAGGACGACCUGGUGACCGUCUGGUCCUUCGCCGAGGGGCGGGUGGUGGCCCGAGGUCACGGGCACAAAUCUUGGGUUAACGCCGUGGCCUUCGAUCCCUUCACCGGGGCGGCGCAGACCCCCCAGCCCCCCGAGCUGAGCGGGGGCGAGGAAGAGGAUGAACCCCCCGAUCCCCUCGUCCGCCGU